UAUACAAUCAUAAAAUUGUGUUUCAUUUUUCACCAACAACACAAAACCCCACAAAAAUUGUAUAAUAAAACAGUAGGUAGCGCAAUUAUUUGCAUGUGAAAAACAGACGCACUGUUUUUGCCCCCCCAAAAAUAGAAAAUACAACAAAUGGAAAAAAAAGCUAUUUUUUGUUAUGAUGACAGCAAGGAAUAUAUUUAAUUGCAACAGUGAAUUAUAAAUUCCAGCUGUAGAGAUUUGAAUUCAUGUCCAAAGUGUAAAAAUCUGAAAUAAACUUUGUAAAAAAAAAAAAAGGUCAACUAUUGAAAAUAGUUUCUUUGUUUGGUGUUGAAAAUGCAAAAUUCCUCAUUGCAUUGAAACACCCAGAAAAAAUGUAGUACCCAAAAAAGUAGUACCUCAUCCCCAGCAGCUUUCAUGUCUUUAACUGCCAUGCAAAGAGAAAGCAAAGCUCUGCCAGGCAUUCAGCAAUCCUAAAUGAAAUAAUUCAUCAAUAAAAAAAGAAGUGGAAAUGUCUCCCCUCCUCUCCAGUGAGUGGAAGCUGAAGGGGGUUAUUCUGAGGAGUCAUGUUGAACAGUCAUGAUGGAUUAUAGGGGAGAGUUGUCUGCCCCAUCACAGGGACAAGGUGGAGCGCGAAUCCCUCCGCCGUCUCUGCUAGGAGUCCAUUUUAGGUCUGCCGAAACCAGGACGAUCCCCGGAUGUUACUGUCAUGGCCGCCAACGGUGACUCGGGCAGCAUAUGAGGAAAAAAAACAAGGAUCUCCAGUUCCGUAUUGCCGCGUGAUCGAAGAAAUGUAAACACAAAGUGAUGAUGUUUCCGACUAUUAGGUGAUUUUAACGGAACAUUCAUCAUCACGCUGAUUGCGUUUACGCUCAUCGUUGUUUGGAUACUAUCGCAUCUCUCACAAUGAGAUCGCCUAAUAAAGACUGUCUAAUGGACACCGAGGACUCUGCUCCAGCAAAGGAUGAUUUUUGGGACUUUGGCAGACACGGCUUCGGUACCAGCGAACCAAAUUCAAAUCCAUCGUUAUCGCUAAGUGAAGCAGACGAAAAGGUUAAUUCUUGCAAGAAAGAUAAUGAAGAACAAAAAAUGGAUCAAGUCAAUGAAAAAGUCCAAAAGCCUCCGUGUAGGAAGCAAACCGCAAGGAAAUCAUUGUAUAGGGAAAAUCAAAAUAGUUUAGGUCGUUCUGAAGAGCCAAAUGCCGAACAUAAGUCAGAACCGCAGGUCGACGAUGAUGCAGUAAACAUGUCUGCAAAGGUACUUCAUUUCUUCUGUCAAAAGUGUAAUAAUGGAAUCCGCUAUAGCCCCAAUGACCUUCAGAAACAUUUUGAAAUAUCUCACAAUGGCGAAUUACCGCUUUAUCCGUGUGAAAUGUGUAAUUUCUCGGCCAAUGAUUUUCAGGUGUUUAAACAACAUCGAAUAACUCACCGAAGUGCUUUGGUGAAAUGCGAGAUCUGUAACAAUGACUACUUGUAUACGUUGCUGGGGUUGACGAAGCACUUUUCCGUCAUGCAUUGUGUCAACGGCCAUUUUAAUUGCUCAAAAUGCAAGUUUUCGACCCGGGACGUCGGUACGUUUGUCCAGCACAUUCAUAGACACAAUGGAAUUGAGUAUGCGUGUCAAAAAUGCAAUCAUAUCAGCUUUUCGAGAAUAGAGUUUCAGAAACAUCUUCAGGGUCAUUCUACAAUGUUUCCGUUUAGUUGUCGGUACUGCAACUACAGCGCGAUGAGGAAAGAUUUCAUUGUGAAGCAUGUCUUAGCGAAGCACAGGGAACACGUUCACACAAAAGAUGAGCUCGUAGAGGAAGCUUAUAAUGCACAGAUGGCUCAGACUGCUGCAGGCCUUAAACUGCUUUUAAAAAAAUACCAAACGGAUUCCCCCAAUAAGGCAUUAUGGAAAAAGGAUAACAAUAAUGUUGGCGUUGAAAAAGCCAGCGAAGAUAUUCAGAGCACAAGCAGCUUUCCGUAUAAAUCUAAAGAUGAAAGCCAAGUGGUGAAAGAGUUCACGCAGUACAAUAAUUAUGAGCAAGCCACCAGAGACGAGAUAUCAUCGGUGACUACAAUAAAGUGCAACUCAGAAGAUGGCAGCCUCCUACAGAAUGCAGUCCACGGGCCUACUGUGUUAAUGGUGAAGAACAACAAAAUCACUGUACCUGCAAACUACUGUGCAACGUUUAUGGGCUACAAAAUGGUGAAUGGAAAACAGAACCUUGUAAUUAAGCUGCUCCCUUCCAAUAAGCAGGGCGCCAAUGCUUUGAAGGCCGCAUCUCCGUCGACAAAUAGCAUGAGUCGCGUACCUCAAAGCCCCGGCCGCAGCUCUAUUGGUAUAGCUUCAAAUGGUGCAGAUAACAGGCCUGCUAGCCAGUUGUUUAAUUAUCGCUCAACCUCAUCUGUUGCAUCACUGGAUCGGUUCUCGAGUUCUGCCCAGAGUAGAAGCCAGCCUGCGACACCCACUUCAUUUAUCACAAGAAGGAAUCAGUCCCCAAUUUCUAUGAAGCUCGGUUCAGCCACCAGUCAAGCAUUUUUUGAAAGCAUUCGUAAAGAUUUAAGGUACCACGGCAUGCCCAAUUCAUCUUCUGCUACUGAUAUAGCAAGACACAUUAAAGAAGAACCAGAGGAAUACAGUGUUAGUGAACAACAAAAUCGCCAUUCUGAAUCUACUAGUGGUCAACCAAAUCCAUCUUCAGGGCCAAGCUAUCUAAAAGGAAAUUCAAAAGUGGAAAAUCUGUACAGGCUUCGUCAUAAUAGUGAAACCAGUGGUCAGGCUGCUGCUAAUCUCUUCACAAAGGAUAAAGAACUUAGAAAUCCUGCACUGUAUAAAUCAGCAGCCGGUAGUCUUGCGCAUUUGUCAAAAUCGAAUUUGAAGUCCAAAAAUGACUUUAUAAUGAGAAAUGUUCUCAUGAGCGAAAGACAGGAAAGAUUAAUGGACAAACCCGAACGGGACAACAUGACUUUUAUGCCACGAAUAACAUCAGUCUUCUCGUUGCAGAAUCGGACCUCUGAUUGUCCUUCAUCUCCAAAAAAUACUUACCUUCACAGCAUGCUGCAAGAAAACAAAAAGAUAAAUGACAAAGUAUAUCACUCCAAAGCGCAGAGCCCAGUUGCCAGCAGCAAUACAUUUACAUCAGCGAAACAAUCACAGUCUACUUUAGCCUCAACUUUUGCCCACCGUGUAUCCAAUGGGGAUGGUACUCAGAAAGGAAAUGUUGCCAAUUCAGCUCUACUAAAGCAGGAGCGUGACUCUCCCGGUUCCAGUUUCAAAACGCAGUUUUCUUUAUCAAUGGGUGAGCUUGUUAAAUCACAUACUGAGAACAUUGCCAAUGAGCGGCUGGCGAAAGAGAAAAUGAGUGGAAUAGUAAAAACACCCACUAGCUCAUCUGGUCUGCAGUUGCUUCGGAGUUCGCAAUCAUCCAGCGUUUCAGAAACGAAUAAGGUUUUACACCCAUCUUCCUCUAGCCAAUUUAUUUCACCAGUGUUACCAACUAGCCAGUCUGGCUUUAAAAUGGUUUCCUCUUCAAACUCUGUGGGUGCUUCGAACAGGGUCAAUGCGCCCAUUACUAUGAACACAAAGCCUGGUAUGGUGCUAACCUUUUCCAAUGGUCAUUUUGGUGCCAUAAAAAACAUAUCCAAUGCAACUUCUCAAGAGGGUUCUUCAUUUACCGGCCCCAGCAAGUUACCCCUACCCAGAUUACUGCGUCCUCCUGUACCCCAGGCAUUUAAGAAUGUCUUCAGAGACGUUGGGAAAACUUCAAAUCAUGUUUCUAGUAAUUUCCUGUCUGGUUCUGCAGCCAAAAAUCCUUCGCCUAAUCUGAAUUUACUACAGUAUUGUGUUAAUUCUAUUCCAUCGAACGUGACGGCUGAAAAUUUCGGAUCUGCCGGCAAACCCCAAGAAUCUUUCCAAAAACAGCCCGUUUAUGCCGUUUUGCCUGACGGGAAACAAGCUGUACUGUUAAAUUAUGUUUUACCAAACAAUCAUGCCACGGUUCCAAAGAGAAAGCUUCUAGGAGGUCGUGUUGUACACAAACUUCUACCAAAGACGAAUGAAGACUUGCAGCAAAAUGCCUCCUUGAACAAAAAUGGACCCAUACCAAUAACCUCUAUAAAGAAAGAGGACGCUGAUUCUGCGAAUGGGUAUCCAGAGCCAAGCAACUCCCUGGCUUUUCAAGGUAGCGGUAUGGAUCAAAAGCCUACUCUCAGGUCAAGCUCAAGUUUAGCCUCGGCUGGACAUUUAUUUUCCACGCAAAAUGACAAGUUUACGCUGCCUUCUUCAUCGGCAAACGCAAAGGCGCAUAAUCUGAAAACUAGGCAACAUAUCUUGAACAGUUUGAAUACGCAAAACAGGUCCUUAAAAAGAAAGGCUUCACUUGAUUCUGGCCUCUGCAGAGUGGAUCCUGAUAUUAAAGACCGGGCGCCUAAGAAGAAAAGCGAGACUCUGCCGGAACCACCGAGAAAGAAAAUGUUGCAUAGAAAGUGUAAAGAGAAGAACGGCUCAAUUGAUGUGGACAGCGUCGUAGACCUUGGCGGACCAAAACCUGUGAAGGAAGUUGUGCGUACCUUAAGGCUAUGUCCUUUAAGUUCCAGUCAACUUGUAAAAUGCCCUCAACAAAAUCAACCUGUUGUAGUGUUAAAUCACCCUGAUGUAGAUACCCCUGAAAUAAUUAACGUGAUGAACAUGAUUUCAAAAUUCAAGGGUCAGAUUUUAAACGUAUCCUUGUCUAAGAGAACACUUGAAGCUCUGCUAGAGUCUCGAUCUAGUAGAUCAGCCGAAGGUGGUUAUGAUGGAUUACCAGGGAGGCGUCACAGAAGAGCCAAACCAGUUAGUCCUGUAAAAGAACGCUUUGUUCUCAAGUUAACACUAAAGAAAACCAGUAAAAACAACUAUAAAAUUGUGAAAAACACUCCUGUAAACAAACUAAAAACCAAGUUCAACUGCUGGUUUUGUGGUAGGAUAUUCGACAACCAGGAUAAAUGGGUAGGCCAUGGACAAAGACACCUAAUGGAGGCAACAAAAGACUGGAAUACUCUGUUUUAACCAUUUCUAAUAUGUUUGCGCAUAGAGGAAUUUUAAAGUCGAUCCUAAAUAUGCGAUCCUCCUUUUUUGUCUUUUGGCAACUUUUUUUUGUUUUUUUUUUUUACCGUUUCCACCUAACCCGUCCAUGAAUCCCAUUCCAAUGUUGCAGUGGAAACUUGUCAUAUUAAGAGUAUUCAGGGCUUUCUUGACACACGUAUUGGGAAUUCUUUUGUAUGUAUAUAUUGUUUUUGAUUUAAAACUUGCUCUUUGUGAAUACGAUACCAAGACUAAAAUAUUGCGUAGCUCUGUUUACUGUUUAGUUCUAGUACAGAGUAUAGCUAGAAGUAACUGGAAAUUUUAACUGAGAGUGCCUCGAGUAUGUGAAAAUAAAGUUUCUCAAGUGAAAUUCUUUUCUAUCACAAACUGAAUUAUAAAAAGCCAUUUGUAGGGCUUGAUAUGUUCGAUUCUGGUUAUGCAGGUGUGUGCUGUACCAUUUUUUUUUUUUGUUCUUUCAUAUUAAAAAGAAUAAUUUCCUUUCAAAGAAA